AUGACACAACAACAGGAAGAGCUCGAUCAAAUCAAGUCCAAGAUUCAAGAUCAUUUGAUUGCAUCUGGAAAUUAUGAAGUGAUAAAUAAACAACUUAAGCUCCAGCUAUAUGAGAGUGGUUGGUACGAUAAAGUUGCUCAAAUUGCAAACAAAGAGCUUAAUAAGCUGGUUAACAAUGACACUGAUAAAGGAGGGCAUGCUCUGACAAUAAAUUUAAACCAAUUGUAUGCUCUUGUUAGACCCAAAGCUGAAGAAUUGGUACCGAGUGAUGUAAAAGAGAAUAUUAUGAAGAAAAUAGAAAAAUACCUUGAUGGGAUAAUAGAUGAAUAA